AUGAACAUGUUAGCAAUAGCCUUGUCUCUGCUUUUAAUCUGUUUUGUCUUCUUCUUUUUCACCACCAGAAAAUCAUGUUCCGGUGAUAAAGGAGCCAAAAUCCCUCCGAGUCCUCCAAGGUUACCUAUACUUGGUAACACCCUUCGAAUCUGUGAAAAGCCUCACCGUUCACUUACCGAUCUCUCGAGGAUUUACGGAAGCGUUUGGUUUGACAGCAUGAAGAAUCACGACGAACUAAUUGUUAUCAACGCAGCGUUUAGAAGCAACCAAAGACUUAAGAAUGAGCAAGGUGCAAGAACUUAUGAGCUUCGUUAA